ACCAAUUGUAGUCAUCUGCACUUACAAAGCUGUAAUUUGUGUAUAUUACACCGACAAUGCACAUACAUAAGAUAUUUUAUAUAGAAGCUUUUGCUUUUAGUAUUUUAAUGAGUGUACAGCAGCAUUAUGUUUCUGCUUUCUCAACCGCAGAUCAAAUAAUUAGUAAUGGAUAUCCAGUAGAAACGUAUGAAGUUGAAACUAAAGACCAUUACAUGGUGGGUUUGGAACGAAUACCGUAUAGUAAAAAUGGGAAUAAAACGAGUGGAAAACCUAUAAUUCUAUUGCAUGGCCUGUAUGGGACGUCAAUGUAUUAUACUCUUAACAAUAUAUCUCUCAGUUUCAUAUUAUCUGAUGCUGGUUUUGACGUUUGGCUUCUCAAUUUUCGGCUUGCUGGAAUUUCUAAAUAUAUCAAAAAUCCAAGAACCGGCCUAGUAACUCCAUUGAGAAAUAUAUCAUGGGAUUUCAGCUUUGACGAAUUGGGAAUAUAUGAUACGACAGCUGGCAUUGAUUUUAUCUUAAACAAAACUGGGUAUUCUAAGAUACACAUGGGUGGUUAUUCUUUCGGAGCUACCAUAUGCCUGAUUGCACUAGCCGAGAGGCCAGAAUACAACGAAAAAAUUGACAAAUUAGUGUUGAUAGUGCCGACGGCCAGGAUGAAGUACUACGACCGAAGGCUUAUUAUUUUAAAGAUAUUCCCCUAUUUAUUCCAUAGGCCUUUGAGAGGUAGAGAAUACGUACCUAAGAUGAAACACCCAGACGACCAAUGGCUAGGACGACAGUGUAAAGAGAAGAAAUACAUGAAAUUUUUUUGUCUUUAUGUAAUGACUCAAGUACAAGGCAACCUUCUACCAAUAAAUUACAAUACCAUUGAAAUACUGAGAACAUAUCCUCAGCCAACAUCUGUUAAAGUUAUGACUCACUAUUACCAACUCAUACUUCAGGAUUAUUUCCGAAAGUAUGAUUAUGGGAAAAUUGGAAAUAUAAAGCAUUAUAACUCCACUUCUCCACCUGAUUAUGAUUUAUCUAAAGUGAUAGCGCCGACAUAUGUUUAUCAAUCAAAACAUGAUAUUAUUGCUCCACCUAAGGACGUAAAAUGGUUAGUGGACCGACUACCCAAUAUCAAGAACAUCACAAUGGUGAAGAAAUUCAGUCACAUGGGAUUCGCUAUAAGCCCGUAUGCUAAACCUAUUAACCUUUUAAUUGCUAAACAUUUAUUGGAAAAUACUGGGGAAUCUUUUGGUCAAAGAAUGAAAUGGGAAAAAAUCAAAAAUAGUGGAUACCCACUUAAGAUGUAUGAAUACCAAACUGAAGACCAUUUUAUGUUAGGUAUGGAACGAAUACCAUAUAGUAAAUAUGGUAACAAAACAAUCGGUAAACCCGUGAUCUUAUUAUCCGGUAUGUUUGCCACGUCCAUUGUAUAUGUAUCACAUAACAAAUCACUCGGUUACCUGCUAUCAGAUGCAGGAUUCGACGUUUGGCUUUUCAAUUACCGAGUUACGGGUAUGUCCAAAAAAAUUAAGGAUCCGAGGACAGGAAUAGUUCCUAAAUUAAGUAGUUUAAAUUGGGAUUACAGCUUUCAUGAAUUAGCUAUUUACGAUCUACCAGCCGCCAUUGAUCUUGUAAUAUCUGUGACUGGGUAUUCUAAAGUUGACGUUGGGGGUGUUUCACUCGGAGGAACCAUACCUCUAAUUACACUAGCUGAAAGACCAGAGUACAAUAAAAAAGUCAGAAAUUUAGUCCUGAUGGCGCCAGCUAGUAGAAUGGGAUCUGGAUACCAGGGUUUACCGUACUACUUUGUUAGAGCAGCUCUUCGGAGAUUCAUAAAAACGGAUUUCAGUUUUCGUUACAUAUCACUUAACAGUGAUCCAGAUAAUAUUGCAGUUGGACAAUUAUGUAGACUUAAAAUGUAUGGAUUCAUUUGCGUCCAAUCGAUGAACAUUAUACAGGGAAUGUAUCAUCCCCUUCAUAUUGAACCCGUCAUAGAUGUAUUUACGACUUAUCCGCAGCCGACGUCAGUGAAAACGGUUAAACACUAUUUUCAAUUAUUGUUAUCAGGUCGAUUUACUAAUUAUGAUUAUGGACCAAUUGGAAACAUGGCACAUUACCAUUCCAGACAAGUUCCAGAGUAUGACAUAAGUAAAAUUACAGCUCCAGCUAUCAUCAUGUAUUCGAAACGGGACAACCUUGUGCCUCCACAGGACAUUAAAUGGUUACUGAACAAUUUACCAAAUAUUAAGAGCACGCUUUAUAUCGACAAAAUACCAUUCAGUCAUCAGUCUUUUGUGAUGGACAAAAACUCACAUUUAGUUAUUGGUCCAUACAUAGUGAAACAAUUAUCAUCAUAACAUAAUAUUUUAAAAAGGGAAAUAUAUUAAAUUCAAUGAAAAACUUAAUCCUUACGUGUGAAGAUGUAUUCGACUUUAUUUGUAUAAGAAAUAGUUAAUAGUAAUAUGAACGUAAUUAUUAAAUAUUAUAAUGGUAAGCAGCAAAAUGUUAAUGUGUUGUAACAAAAUAUC